CGGGGUGAAAUCAUGGCUUGGGUAACUGUCAACGUCAGUAACAUCACUUUGGGGAGUGCACUACCCGGGGAUGAGCCGCGAGAUGAGCGCUUGGCUCAAGUGGAAAUAGCUCUUCUGUCCAUCAUCUUCAUCACCGCGGGGAUCCUUAACUUCGUGCUCUUGUUGGUGCUGUGGAAGCGGAGGAAGCAGCUCUCCCGCAUGCGCGUCUUCGUCUUCCAGCUGUGCGUCGCCGAUCUGGUGGUCACAUUCUUCCAAGUUUGUCCACAACUCAUGUGGGACAUCACCGACCGAUUCGUCGGGCCGGACGUAUUGUGUCGCCUGGUGAAGUACCUGCAGGUGGUAGGGAUGUUUGCUUCCAGUUACAUGAUAGUAGUGAUGACUGUGGACCGAUAUCAAGCCAUUUGCAACCCCAUGGUGACGUUCCAGAGGCGCAGGGCUCGCUGGAACGGCCCGGUGUGCGCCGCCUGGUGCGUCUCCUUCAUCGGCAGCCUGCCGCAGAUCUUUAUCUUCUCCCGGGUCGAGGUCGCUCCCGGUGUGUACGACUGCUGGGCACAGUUCAUCAAGCCGUGGGGACCGAGAGCCUACGUGACCUGGACGACUCUGGUGAUCUUCGUCCUGCCCGUUCUCAUGGUGAUCGUGUGCCAGGUGCGCAUCUGCCGCACCGUGCACAUUAACCUCCACAUGAAGACGCACCAGGUAGCGGAGGCAGCUGGUCAGCCGCUGUCCUCGAGGGCCAGCAGCGUGGCAGGGGUGUCCAAGGCGAGGGUGAAGACGGUGAAGAUGACCGUGGUCAUCGUGCUCGCAUACAUCAUCUGCUGGACGCCGUUCUUCACCGUGCAGCUCUGGUCCGUCUGGGACGUUGAGGCUCCCACUCAGACUGUGACCUUCACCAUCUUGAUGCUGCUGGCCAGUCUGAACAGCUGUGUGAACCCCUGCAUCUACCUGAUGUUCAGUGGGAAGCUGCCCAGGACGCUCGUGGCCCUGAUGCGUGUGGGUCGGAAGGAGUCCAUCCAGGAGGAUGCCACCAUGGUCAGCUCCCUCUACAUCAGCCUCAAGAGUCUGUCAGACUGUAGAUAAAGGUACUGAGGCCUCGGACGAUUAUCUCCCCUAAAACCAGCCUAUGGAACACCUGUAAAGAUGGACGACGCAUCUCCACGUCCUCCCACUGUGCAAAAAUGAAGCCAAUGUAUCUUGGAUACCGAAGCUGCCUUCUUGCGUUUUUUGACGUCAUUUGGAGUCAGAGUCUGCACAGUUACCGCAAUAUAAGUGUCACGCAAAAACACAGGCUCGUCCAAACACAGCUUAUAGCAUAUUCUAUUUUACAAACCUGUGAUUUGUGUUAUCCUCAUGUCUGCCGACACUGAUGUGAACACAAACAACUAUCUGACAGCGCCGGUUUCAGUGGAAAUGUUGCUAAGGUAGCUGGCAACACGAUCAGUGACUGUAUGAAGAUAAAGUCAUAAGAUCUAUAUAUAUGCAGUCUAUGGUUGUUUAAGUUACAUUUCUCAACAGUCCUACUAAAUGUACAAUUUCCAAUAUCUGGGCGGGCUGCAGCUAGCCACCAGGAGUUAUCGAGACACUUUAGCGUCACUUUUGGGAAGCUGUUAUAUUGCUCAUCUUUAUUUACAGUCUAUGGUUGAACAUGGGUUAAAAAAAAUGGGAAAUACUGUAUUGAUAUCUUACCUUAAGCGUGAGGACAAACAUCACAGCAGAACUACAAGUCCCUGUAGUAACGGUAUAUUAAAAUGAGACUACAUUGUGGAAAUUAUCAAUCAAUGGCUUUCAUGUGGAAACUCACAAUGAGUCCUUACAAUGGAUAUUACAGAGAAGCAUUGGGUAUGAAACAGUU